AGCAAAAUAAUCUUUUACAUGGCAAUGAGUAGAGCACUCUCCCCUUCUUAUCUUUGUAUGCACAUAAGCAGCAGUUGCCCAAAUGGAAGCAGCAAAUUUAUUCAGGUUUCAUGUGGAAGCUCUAACAAACGGGCCGUUCAAGAAGAUCUUCUCCGAACAACUUCCCAUCGUCCUACUCCUACGAACUUCAAUCAAGAUGGAUUUCACAGGAAAUUUGCACUAGUGGAGGAUGUUAAGCAUGAACUAAAGACAAAUGUAAAUCAUAAUCGGUUGGAUAAUCUUGUCUUAAUCGACGCCCUUCAACGUAUGGGAAUUGAUUAUCAUUUUCAAGAAGAAAUUGAAUCAGUUUUAGAGGAAGAGUACGUUCAAAGUGCUUGUUUUCUCAAGUAUCAAACCCAUUUUGAGGUUUCUCUUUGUUUUCGGCUCUUGAGACAACAAGGUUAUUAUGUGCCAGCAGAUGUAUUUAAAAAAUUCAAGAACAAAUAUGAUGGGACUUUUGGAUUGAACCUGAGCCAAGACAUAAGUGGAUUGAUAGGUCUAUAUGAAGCAGCACAACUUGGUGUAGAAGGUGAACAUAUACUAGAUGAAGUUGCAAAUUUCAGUGGGCAGAAACUGAAUGCAUAUCUUGAACAUAAUGACUGUGUUCAAGCUAGAAUUAUUAAUGACACAUUGAAGUAUCCCUAUCACAAGAGUUUAGCAAGUUACAAGGCAAAAAAUUUCAUCACUAACUUUAGAGGAGUUAAUGGAUGGGGAAGAAGCACCUUACAAGAAUUGGCAAAUAUUGACUUCUCCAUAGCCCGAGAGAUUCAUCAACAUGAAAUGUCUCAAGUUUCCAGGUGGUGGAGAAGUCUUGGUUUAGUUGAAGACUUGAAGCUUUUGAGAGACCAACCAUUAAAAUGGUAUGCUUGGCCAAUGGCACUCUUUGCAGAUCCAAGAAUGUCACUGCAAAGGAUUGAGCUUGCAAAAUGCAUCUCUUUCAUUUAUGUUAUAGAUGACAUCUUCGAUGUUUAUGGGACAGUUGAAGAAUUAACCCUCUUCACAGAAGCCGUUAAUAGGUGGGAAUUGGAUGCCAUGGUGGACUUACCAGAAUACAUGAGAACACCUUAUAGGGCACUUUAUGAUACCAUUAAUGGUAUUGGCUACAACAUCUACAAAAUAUAUGGAUGGAAUCCCACUGAAAACCUGCGUAAAACGUGGGGAAAUCUAUGCAAUGCAUUUCUAAAGGAAGCAAAAUGGUUUGCCGAUGGAGUCAUACCAGCAGCAGAUGAGUACCUAAAAAAUGGGCUUGUUAGUUCAGGAGUGCAUGUGCUCUCAGUUCAUAUGUUCUAUCUCUUAGGUUUUGGUGUAACCAAUAAUGAAAGCUCUAUUAAUUUGGAAGAUACAUCAGCCAUGGCGUCUUCUGGGGCUAUGAUUCUUCGUCUUUGGGAUGAUCUUGGAAGCGCAAAGGAUGAGAAUCAAGAAGGGAAUGAUGGCUCAUACAUAGAAUGUUAUAUGAAGGGACAAAAAAUUGCUUCCUUUGAAUUGGCGAGAAAUCAUGUGUUUAAGCUAAUAGAAGAUGAAUGGAAGCAGCUUAACAAGGAACAUCUGCGUCUGAGUCGAUCUUUAGGAUCAUUCACAAAAGCUUUACUUAAUUUUGCAAGAAUGGUCCCUCUUAUGUACAAUUAUGAUGACAAGCACUCCCUCCCUAUCCUUCAGGAAUACAUCAAGUCUAUGUUGCAUGUGUAGAUAAUUAG